AUGCCAUGGGGGACCUGGUCGCUGGCGGCGCUCGCGGUGGCGCUGAGGCUGUGCCCGGGCGCCGCGGAGCGCGAGGAGCUCUUGCUGCUUCAGUCGAAGAGCUCGCGCACGGAGAGGACGAAGAGCACGUGGCACAGCGAGUGGGAUUUGGCGAGAAUCCCAGGGGAGCAGAAGAUCCCCUUGGGCGAGGAGUUGGAACUCAGCUUCUUUAGCGUGGUUCCCACCUUUGGCCAGGAUGGAAACUUCAUUGCGUUGCUUCACUUCAACUCCUGGAAGAUUGCCGAGUACCUGAAGGACGAGAAGCAUCGAUUGUUUUGCUCGGGCGCCAACCGGUCGCACGUGACGCCGCUGCGCGUCUACGGCCCGCGGCGGAACGUGUCUGAGGAGAAGCACGGCUUGAACUUCCUCUGUGACUGGCCAGCGGCCGAAGCCCACCUGGAACGCUUCGAGGUCUUCUUGGAGGACGCCACUGGAAAGGCGCUCGGUAGUGUGCUGGCCGAGCGAAAAGACGGGCUGCUGCAGCAGUAUCGUAGUGCGGCCUGUGUGCGAGACGUCUUCUUCAACAAUGAGAGUAGCUUCAAUCAUGCUUACAAGAUGUUGCCAGAAUGGCUGGAGUAUUCACGGCUACAUGGCAUCGAGCACUUCUUCAUGUACACCUUUGGAGAGGUGGAUCCCACCAUGAGGCACAUGCUGGAGGUGUAUCUCGCCAAGGGUUGGGCGUCCCGGAUCCACUUCGAGCGCUACCCGGACACGGUCGAGCGCCAGCAUGCGAUCAUGGAGGAUUGCCUCUACCGUGCCAAAGGCCACGUUCAGUGGCUGCUGCCCUCCCUGGACCUCGACGAGUUCCUGCGGCCCGGCAACGCCACGCAGCUCGCGCAGCUCUGGGGCUCUGCGUCGGUUCCGCAGGACUACCUGCGCAGCGUGUGGGAUGAGAUCGUCAGGCACGAGGGGAAGAAGACUGGUAAGGUCAGGAGCAUCAGCUUUGAUCUGUAUCGCUACCAGCGCGCUCCGCCGAAUCAGCUGGAGAUGUUCUCCGAGAAGCGCUCGCCGCUGAACGGAGGUUCCCCACUGCCCAAGUAUGCGGCCAACGUGAGGAAGGUGCAGAGCUUGUGGGUCCAUUGGCCCCAAGUCUACGAGGAGUCCACCCUAGAUCUUCGUGUCAACAAGUCCAUCUUGGUGGCCAACCACUACAAGAGCAAGAAGAAAGAUGGAAAGAAGACCUUCCCCAUCUUCGACAGCGCGCUUCGCGGCGACGCAGUGGUGGUGGCUGAGCGGCUGCGGCGUCGCUUCGGCAAAGAUGUGGCACAGCUGCUGGAGGGCUUGGCAGCUACAAGGCCUUUGGCCUCAGGUUCGGAGUCCAGUGCAGGCGCGGUCAAAUGA